ACUCAUCCCACCUGUCGGAGUCUUAUUUAGAAAGCUGAGCAUGCAAAGGACUGAUCAACAAGGCUGGCAGAAAACGCUAGAAAAAGUCCAGGGAAGUUUGAAACUUCAGGGAUUCCUCUGUUAGAAACAAUCUGACUUUAAGAAGACGUGGAAUUUCCAGUUUCACGUGCCAUCUGCUGGUCCAGACUCUGAAUAUCUGGAGGAACUAAACCUCAACUGACCAAAAGACACCAUGUCGAACUACGACUUGAUGGAUGACAAGAACUCUGUGGAUAUUCAUGACGAUCCCCCUCCCCCUGAUAAUGUGAUGAAAGAGGAGGACAACACGGUCUAUUUCAUCUAUGAUGAGGAGGUAGAGGUGGAAGAAAAAGAGGAACCUCCCAUAGAACCAGUGAAACCAGUCAACGACAGUCCUCACAAGUUUAAGGACCAUUACUGCAAGAAGCCAAAGUUCUGUGACGUCUGUGCUCGCAUGAUAGUUUUAAACAAUAAGUUUGCAUUGCGAUGUAAGAACUGCAAAACCAACAUCCAUCACCAGUGUCAGUCCUAUGUGGAGUACCAGAAGUGUUUUGGCAAAAUUCCUCCAGGUUUCAGGAGAGCAUACAGUUCUCCUCUGUACAGCACUCAGCAGAAUGCCACAAUCUCACAGCUGCUGCCCUUUUCACAGUCAAACCGCACCGACCCAGUGUUUGAGACGCUGCGUAUCGGUGUGAUCAUGGCCAACAAGGAGCGUAAAAAGGGGUCAGAGGAGAAGAAGAAUGUCAGUAUAAUGAUGAUGGACGAUGAUGAGUCUCAGCCUAAACAGGAGGGUGAAGAAGUCGAAGAAGCAAACACAGAAGGAGACACAAGAGGAGACAAGGCUCCUGUAGAUGACAAGAAUAAAAAGCUUAAUGUAGGGAAGAUCGGCGUGUUCAGUCAGGCUCACUACUACCUGGCUCUGUACCGCUUCAAAGCCAUAGAGAAGGACGACCUGGACGUUCAUGCCGGUGACCGCAUCACAGUGAUAGAUGACUCCAAUGAGGAAUGGUGGAAGGGGAAGAUCAGAGAGAGAACCGGCUUCUUCCCGGCCAACUAUAUCAUCCGAGUGCGAGCAGGAGAGGGGGUCUACACUGUCACACGCUCCUUUGUCGGCAACAAGGAGAUAGGCCAAAUCACUCUGAAGAAAGACCAGAUUGUAGUAAAGAAAGGUGAGGAGGUUAACGGCUACCUGAAAGUCAGCACAGGACGGAAGCUCGGCUUCUUCCCCUUCAACCUGCUGCAGGAGAUCUGAGGAGGAGGGCGGCAUCACACAAUCCCUCAGUCAACUUUCAUCUCAGUUUCAUCACCUGCUCUGGCUGACACACUAGUUUUCUUCCAAAGACUUGAAUCUUGAUUUCAUCAACCUUUUUUUUUUUAUGUUAAUCGCACAACCUGACAAGGCCUGUGUAAACUGCAAUACAAUCCUGAUGAAUUUACUCAGCGUGCGAAGAGCCAUCUAUUAAAAAGGGAGAUUAAUAACGAAGUAAAAGUUUAAAAGGUCUAGUCUUUAAAAACUUAUAUCACUGUCAGCAAGACUGUGCAGCACACAGGUCACUUUCACUCAUUUAUUUUAAGGCUUAUUUUGUAUUUCAGAUAUAUUCUGACGACAUUACUGAAAGUUAUUUUUUAUAUUCCAGGACAUGCUUUAUUGGGGAGCUCUUGUUUUUAAGUUUUUUUUAAUUGCAAUUUUUGUUAACCAUACUGUGUAUUAAGCAUGUUUUUGUGAUGACAAUAAAAGGAGGAUGUUGUUAAAGCUC